AUGGCUACUCAUAUACCAUACAGAGACUCAAAAUUUACAAGACUUCUUGUGUCUUCUGUAAGUGGUCAUGGAAGUGUAUCUCUUAUUUGCACUGUUACUCCCUUUUCAAGCAAUUCAGAGGAGACACACAACACAUUAAAAUUUGCACAUUAUGAAAAACACAUUGAAAUUCAAGUAGCACAAAAUAAGAUCAAUGAUGAAAACUCCCUUAUCAAUGCAUAUCAAAAUCAAAUUCGAUCUUUAAAAGAGGAGUUACAUCAGUUGGAGCAAGAAGGAGAAGCUAAAGAUGCUUUAUUAAGCCAAAAACAAAUUCUCACAAGACUGAUCCUAGUCUCAACCAAAUAUCCACAUCAGACUGAUCUAGGAAGCAGAUAUUCCUUUAAGGAAGAGAAGUUCUGUGUCUUGAUUAAUGAUAUAAAGUUAAUAUUGCAAUAUAGUAAUUAUAAAUUUAAGAGCAUGACUUCUAGAGAAAUAGAGAAGGUUGUAGGUGAUCCUCAACUUCCUGUUUUGCAUCGUCCUCUUGUUGAAACAAGUGUAGAAGUACUAAGACCUGAACAAGUUGUUGUGAAGAAUAAAGAAACCCUAAAUCAGCUAAAAGAACUCAAUGUUGAACAAGAAAGAGAUGUGGAGCAUGAGCUUCUUCCCCUUGUGUCGACUUUCUUUUGCUCUUGCUCUUCUGUUACUUGGAUCUUUGGCCAACCGGGGAAGUUGACUUUGCCUGAAUCAUUUCAGCAGGAACACCAAGCUCAAGUGACAUCUCCAAUACCUUAA